UGACGAUGCAGGGAGAGCAGAUUAUGAAGGGGAGCUCACCAGCAGCAGUCUCCUCUCAUUGUCUCAAUGGCUGCACACGCAUUCCUCUUCUCUGCCUUACUGUCUGCCCUCAGCCAGCCCACCCUGUCCUUAGAUCAAGUGCCUGCACUCCUGGAGAGAAGCACAGAAGAGGACUACGUUACAGAGGUUCCAUACCCAGCUGGGAGAAUCAGAGCAGGUGGUCUUGAUGGAAUGAGCUUGGAGACUCAGGGUUAUGUGCCCACUAAAGAAACCCCACUCAGAAGAUUACUGAAGCUGCAUGGCUGGCACCUCCUCAACCAGCAUGGCCAUGGCAAGGGCAAGAGAAAGCUGCUCCAGUCCCCCAUCCACGGGCCCUACUCUCCCCUGAGCGUGGCCUACAAUGGCAAGACCUGCAUCCUUUUCAAGGCCAAGCGCCUGGCCAUCCGCUACCAGAACCACACAUUCGUAGACCUGACGGAGAGGACCUUUGGACCCAAUGCCCCUGUGGACACCAAGGGUUCCAUCUGCACCAAGGAGAAGGCUACGCUCUCGCUAAAGUUUGGAGAUGUGGAGGAUCUCAGGGGACUUGUUAUCAGGCUGCAGAUGUCCAACAUUUUCUAUGAGUCAGCAGGGCAGAACUGGUUCACCUUAGACAGCGUCCACAUCCACUACAAUUGGACCCAUGAAGCUACGUUCAACGCCAGUGAGGUGUACGCCCCCGCCACCUCCUCCUACCACUGCCAGCAUGUCAGCAGUCAGCACAAAUAUGACACCCUUCUGGUGCCCAGCUCACACACCGACACCUCAGCUAACUGGCACAUCACGUUUACUGACUUCCAGAUCCAGGCGUUCAACGUCAUGUCUGAUAAGUUUGCGUCUGCCAGUGACUGUGCCAACUUCCUGACCCCAGCCAUCCUGAUGGGCCUGGUGACCUCUCUGAUCCUGCUGUUGGUCCUGGCCUAUGCUCUGCACAUGGUGGUCCACCUAAAACACAUUGACCGCUACGAGGAACAGAAAGCUAUGGUGUACUUCCCACGCAGGCUGAGCAAAGCUCUAGAAUGCAGAGCCUCACAGCAGUGCGAGUUACCUGACAAGAACUGCCUGUGAGAGAUGGAGGAAGAAAGAGUGAGAAGAUGAAGAGGGGGAUGCUGCCAAAUGCAAGAGUGGGAAGAUGAAGAGGGGGAUGCUGCCAAAUGCAAGAGUGAGAAGAUGAAGGGGGGGGGGGGUGCUGCCAAAUGCAAGAGUGAGAAAGUAUCACCCACACAGUUUUCCACGCUUCCAAAUGUUUGUUUACUAGUGGCAACUAUUUUGACCUGUUGGCUUUUGUAAUUUCUCGAUAUGUAAGAUCAACACAUUUGACAUGUUCUUACUUCUAAGCUAUCACAUUUUUUUGGAGCAUUAAAACAAAUAAUUUUUUUAAUUGACCUGAACACACAUUAAUAUCCUACGUAAAGAUUAUUGGAUGUUAAACCCUCUUGAUGGUGGGGUUAGAGGUCAGGAAGAGACCAGGGGCCCAGGAUGGUCACAGUGUCCCCAGGAUUUCACUUGAGCACCUGAAUCAACAGUUAACGACUGCAGCUAACCCUGCCAUUGUCCAAGCCUGCUAAGCGGCCUUCACUAUUUGGCAUAACUAGACUUUGGUGUGUUGAGUCCCCACUCUCCAUCGCUAGCCUUGACACAUUGCCAAAUUCACUAGCUCAUCUUCAAUACCAGCACGAGGAAUCUUUUUAAGUUGAAUUAGAUGGUUUAGCACAUUAUUUCUAAAGUGGUGUGUGUGAGGAUCCACUGGUAGAUCACUGACAAAUCUUCUUGGGUGAAGAUAGUGCUUGAGCUGGAAACUUGUUUGGAAUAUCUGGAGGGUAUCUCAUGAAUUAUAAAGGGCUUUGGUGGGUCAUGGAACAAAACCAUUUGGGAACCACUGGUCUGGCACUUGGCAGAGGUGAACUGAAUUGGUCACUGUGGACCACUGAACCUCUGGGGCGUAGACUUUGGGGACUUACUGUGAAACGGCCUUGAACGGACCAGCAGCCAGUUAGCCUUGAAGGCACUAAUGGCUAACUUUCAAAACUAAAGACAAAACACUGCACAAGACUGCCCUUCUGAAGUGAAGCUAAAUGAUUUGCCAUUACACAUGGUGAAGGACAGACUGUGAUAAUGUGAAGAUGAGAAGUACAGUUACAAUGUAAAAAAACAAACAAAAAAACACUCAAAUGUACAGAUGUAUCUCUCAGCUGUCUUUUUUUUACAGUUUAAUCAAUAAAUCCUAUUAUGUACAGGAAGGCUAUUCUACUCCUCAUAAUCACAAAGAUAUACAGUUCUGGUCUGUAUAUGAUCGUAACUGUUUACUAUUUUCAGUUAGAGCACACUUGCUUAGACGGAACCCAAACCGGCUGCGCUCGUGUGUCAUCGUGCAUAAAUGUAUUUUGUCCCCCCACACCAAACGCGAUCACGACACACAG